UUCUAUGUUUUAAUGUUUUUAUCAUCUGCGUCGUCAUUUUUCAUUUAAAGUUUUAAAGUAUUUGUGCAGCAAAAAAAAAAAAUCCUUGUUAUAAAUAGUAACAAUAGAAAUAAGUUGUUUAUUAUGGUUCGUAUCAGUGUUGAUUUACUAUUAAAGUAUGCCAGCCACACAAAAAGACGAUCAAACGAAUCAGAUCAACAAUACUUGAAAAGAUUAACUCACAUUUACUUUCAAGAAAAAAAUAUUGACGAAAUUGACUGUUUAUCACAAUGUAAGAAUUUAUGUGUCUUAUAUCUCUAUGACAACAAUAUAUCAAUUAUAAAAAAUCUUGAGUUUGCUGGAUUUCUCACACACUUAUAUUUACAACAAAAUCAAAUACAACAACUAAAUGGAUUAAAUCAUCUAACAUCGCUUCAAAAGCUAUAUUUAAGUCAUAAUCAAAUAAAGGUUGUUGAAGGUUUGGAAAAUUGCAGGAAUUUGAAUGAGUUACACAUCGAUUAUCAAAAGUUACCAUGUGGUGAAAAACUACUUUUUGAUCCAAGAUCGCUGCAAGCAAUAGCUAAUUGUCUUUCAGUUUUAAAUGUAUCAGGAAACCACCUUGAUGUAUUAGGUGAUCUAUCAAUAUUGUACAAACUUAAUCAACUUCUUAUAGAAAACAAUGACUUGAAUGAGUUAUCAGAUCUUUUGAAUGCAUUAACAAAAUGGCCUUCACUAAAUAAACUAAAUCUUGUUGGAAAUCCUUUGUGUCAUAUUAAAAAAUACAAAGAAAAUAUUAUUAUUACUUCAAAAUCAUUAGUAAUGAUUGACAACAAGGAGGUAAAUGAGUCACUGCGAUUAUUUUUAUGCAAGUUGUAUUCUACCAAAGAAGCAAGAAAAAAUAAAGAAACAACUUUAGAAGAAACCAGAAAGUUCAAGUCCCAUAAAGAAGCAAUUAUAGAAACAUUUAGUAAACCAGAUAUUCGAAAUAAAAGCCUCCAACAUUUUUAUAAUAAACCUUAUCCUCAUAAAACUUCAUCUGUUGAAAAUCUACUUAAAUAUGAGUGCAAGUAUGUACCAAUCACUCAAUAAAUUAUGUAAGUUACAAUUAUGUAAGUUUAUAAAUGAAGUUUAGCAUGUUUUUUUAAAUAAUUUUACUACAGGCUUUAAUGGUUUAAUAUUUUAUAACUUGAAAUUGCUUCUUUUCAUGAAGUUGUG